AUGCACCACUCCCGCCAGCCUGCCCGCGCAGUGUCGAGUGGUGUGCGCGCCCACGCCCGCAAGUACAACACGCCCAACAGCAGCAGCAACGGCAGCAGCUACUCAACCGUCAGGAUGGACGACUCAGCUGCCAGCGUCGAAGCGCCCGCACCAGCGGCAGCGGAGCCCGUGCCCGUCUACGAGCCGUCGUGGCGCCGCACGGGCCGCAGCUCCAUGGCCGCCGACGUGCGUAUCCCGAGCUUCCUCAUCCCGUGCUCGGCCAGCCAGUUGAUGGACGCGCGCUACAAGUCGCGCAAGUUCUCGCGCGCCUCCUCGGACGCCGCCAAGGCCAUCAGCCCCGCGGCCUGA